AUGCCAGGUCCAGUCGAAUUACAGGGCAAAAAGUACCCAGCCAAGCAGCACGCGCAGAAAGUCAGAGGACACUUCCUCACCACCGUUAGGGGCCAAACCGAGGGCUCCGCUUCCUUCUUCCUCUCUGGUGAAAACUUGAAGUUGCACCCGUACAGCGACGAAAACCAGGUCAUGAGACAGAACAGGUACUUCUACUACCUCUCCGGUGUCAAUAUUCCGGGAUCCCAUGUCUUGUAUGAUUUGAAGGCCGACAAAUCCACUUUGUUCCUUCCGGAAAUCGACUUGGAAGAAGUGAUGUGGACCGGCAUGCCUAUGAGCAUCGAGGAGGCCCAGAAGACCUUCGAUGUUGACGAGAUCGUGUACGUUUCCGAGAUGGAGACCAGGGUUGUCGCCGCUAAGGCCCAUGGUAAGAUCUUCACCACCGACGUCAACGAAUGGAACCAGCACCUCGCCCAGCACCUCACCCCGGGCGACAAAGACUUCUUUCUUGCGUUGGACGAGUCCAGGUUGCUCAAGGACGACUACGAGCUCGCGUUGAUGCGCCACGCGGCCGCAAUCACCGACAACUCGCACUUGGCGGUCAUGUCCGCGUUGCCGGUCGAGAAGAACGAGGGCCACAUUCACGCCGAGUUUAUCUACCACUCCAUGAGACAGGGAUCCAAGCACCAGUCGUAUUCGCCGGUGUGUUGUGCCGGGCCACACGCCUCCACCUUGCACUACAUCAUCAACGAUGCCGACAUUGUGGACCAGAAGACGGUUUUGAUCGACGCGGGUGCCGAGUGGAGCAACUACGCUUCGGACGUCACCAGAUGUUUCCCAGUGGACGGCCACUGGACCAAAGAGCACCUUGAGAUCUACGAAGCGGUCUUGGACAUGCAGAGCCAGACCAUGGCGUUGAUCAAGCCGGGCGUCUCCUGGGACGACCUCCACUUGUUGGCGCACCGAGUCUUGAUCCAGCACUUCUUGAAGUUGGGGAUCUUCAAGGCAGAGUUCUCCGAGCAGCAGCUCUUUGAUUCCGGCGUCUCUGACGCCUUCUUCCCCCACGGUUUAGGCCACUUGUUGGGGAUGGACACCCACGACGUGGGCGGCCGUCCUAACUCCGAAGACCCGCACCCAAAGUUGAAGGGCUUGAGAUUGCGUCGUACCUUGCAGGCCGGCAUGGUGCUUACUGAUGAGCCGGGUAUCUACUUCUCGCCGUUCCUUUUGGAAGACACCUUGAAGGAGGACGGUGAAAUGAUCAAGUACAUCAACCGCGAUGUCGUGGAUAAGUACUGGUACAUCGGUGGGGUCAGAAUCGAGGACGAUUUACUUAUUACCGAGACAGGGUACGAGAACUUUACCAAGAUCACCAAAGAUCCAAAGGAGAUUUCCAAGAUUGUCUUGGAUGGGAUUGCCAAGGGGAGAGGUGGGUUCCACUGUAUUGUGUAA